CAACAUUUGUUUAAUGUCAAACAUCUUGUUCAACACUUGAGAGCCUGGGCACGCCCCAAAGUAUAAGAAGUUUGGCUGCGAACCGCUUCGGAUCGAGUAUGACUGAAUUGCGACUGUGUUUGGCUUUGUAAUGGCACUCAUCUGAAAUCCAUGUCCGCAAUCGAUCGAUCUUACGACAUGACUUCGUUCUCCGUCAGAGACAUUCUUAAUUUACCCGACACCGGACUAUGCCCGUCUAAAAGCGAAACAACCCAUGAAUCGUCCUCAACCGAGAGUUAUCAUUGCCCUGGCGGAAACACUCAUACUCCGUCAUGUGGCUCUGUAGUGUGUAAUCAAGGCCAAGAGUACUCAUAUACAAGUAAGAAUGAACUUGAUUUUGUAUCUUUGAUCGAGCGAAAAGUAAACGCCGGUAUUUAUGAAGUGCUAAACUCGAUAGAUGGUAAAAAUCUCGCCGAAGUUCUCGAAAGAGUUUAUUUUGUUUCUUCUGUAAACUACGCGCGACGCGACGGAUUUUUCGCAUACAACCGAAUUUCUUUUCCGGAAAACAUACAAUGACGCGUUUUACGAGGCAAUUGCAAGCACGACUGAAAGAUGACUGCAGUUUCAAAUUUUAAUUGAGUGAAUGCCAUAUUGCUUCUAGUUUUGAAGGUUGUUUUCUUUAUGUGUCUCGUGUAAGGGACAACAGGCUAAUUACUGUGGCUUACAGUUCACCUAAUUUCUUACAACUUCGCAGCUCUUUAGUUGUGUCGUAGAUAUCGUUACAUAGGCGAAACAUUAAUGAAAUUUUUUGUUUUUCCGCCGUAACAGAUCCACAUCCGAGCCCGACAGAAAGGCCUUCGACAUCCUCAGCGGGCUCCCAAGAAAUAUCUGAGCGAGAGGAAACGCCAGAUGACUUGAACGAUCCGCCAAAAAAGCGGAAACGAAGAGUUCUGUUCACCAAGGCGCAAACUUAUGAACUCGAAAGAAGGUUUCGUCAACAAAGGUACCUCUCCGCGCCGGAGCGCGAACAGCUCGCGAGAAUAAUCAAUUUAAGCCCGACGCAGGUGAAAAUUUGGUUUCAGAAUCAUCGAUAUAAAUACAAGAAACAGAGUUUUGAAAAAGGAGUUAUGAAUGAAGGACCUCCAUUGUUCACCCCAAGAACUGUUCCUGUGCCUGUCUUAGUGCGAGAUGGCCAGCCUUGUCAUGGCGCUUCGGUCAAUAAUUUUGGAUAUUUACGGCACGAUCCUUCAGACUUCUAUCAUUUUCCUGCAGUAAGUUCAUCAUACAUUCCUCCUAGCAAUCCUUAUUGGAGCUGGUAGCAUAAGCAUGCUUUGUACAACGUGUGUUGUGAGAAGAAUCCACAGAACAAUGCAGAUCUCCUUGAAAUAAUCUGUCACGGAGAAAAGGACAAAGUCAAUUGUAAGCUUAUAAGCCAACAUUGAUUUCAAAAACCUACGAGGGCAAAGGAUCUCAUUAUUUAAAGAAUCUAACAAUUUGUCCAGGUUUGAUGUUUUUAUUAGAUGUUCUUAAAUUUCUUUGGAGUUCUCUUUCGACAAACGCGCAGCAAAGGCUAUUUUCGUGUGAUAUAACAGCUGUUGUCUUUUACGUCUCAGAAAUGAUUUGAAAAGAUUUUUGUUUUUAUCCUUUAAAAAUUGUAAGAAACCAGAUUUUUUUAGCAAAUGAUUUUGUAGAUGUUUCUUUUAAACGAAAAUUUUUGAUUUCGUAGUUAUUUUUGUACUAUAAGUUGCUAGGUUGCUUGAAAAUUGUUCCUAAUGCUUUUAGUAAAUGCAUGUCUGAAAUUAUGAAGAUGGAGAUAAGAGCUCAUCAUUUUUCAGGAGAUAAUCCUUGGCAAGGUAAACUUAAAUUCUAAUUACAAAUCCUCUCGUUUUCACUAAAAUGCUAGUUAUUUGAGUUUGGCGUAAACGUCGGUAGCAAUUAGUUAGUUUUCUUCGCCAAAGCAGCUUUUCGUUUUACCACACGAAUUGUCACAAAACAUUACAACCGCAAUGCUGGGCGCUCACGAAUGAGUGAAUCAAAAUUGACAACGCAAUAUUUGGCAAACAACACGUCUCGUUCUACUUAAAGGAUUUUAUGAGAUGUUCUCUAACACUUUGACACACAAUUUUCGCACUUAACCCGGAGCCUGCUUUUGUAAAACCAAACAACCGAAGAAAUUCUCUCAUUAAGACAUGAAAGUACCAGUUUUUGUUUUCAUUUUAAAGUGAAGAUGGGGAAAAGGUUGUUACGGGCUUUGGUCACAAUGUUUAAUGGACCGUGGAAUCAGCUCGUAAUUGAUUGUUGUUCGUGUUUACCCGAUGAAAAAAGAGGAGUGGUCAGUGUAAUUUCUUAGAAUGGAUCUUUACCAAAUUGAAUCAACGCUAGUUUGCCUUCGGAUUAGCUCAAAAGAAAACAGUGACAAUCGACAGACAUCAUGAGCAAAUCGUUUCGAUAUCACAGAGUUUGAGUCAAUUAGAAUAAGUUAUGCAAUUUGAAACUUAUAAUACUUCCUCUAUUUUGAAUUAAAACCUACACUGUACUCAAAGUUAAAGGUAAAAUUGGUACUACGCUUCAUUUUAUUGAGAGCUUCAAGUCGCAAAUGGAAAAAAAAAACGAGAGAAUCGAAAGAAAACACUAUGAAUAAUACAUUACCCACUGUUUCACUUAUACCUCUUUGUUGAAAAGUGUUAAUAAAUUAGAGAAACAAAAACAUUAUGUUGGAAUGAUUUCGAGUGUUGGAAGCGGGCGUGCUAACGAAGAGCAAAAUUUCGAGCACUUGUUUUCUUCUCGAGAGCAAUAUGUCAAACUCAUCCGACUUUUAACAGACGUUUUCACGCUUUCGUAGUCAAGAGUAGCUUUGGCGAGGAUGGGAAAAGAUAGGUGCAGAUGUGUAAAACAUAGUUCUUGGUUCGAAUUCUUUUCUAUGUGAUGCAAACUUGCCUACAUCUUCAGUCUUCCUACGUAUUUAUAAUUUCAAGUCACUUCACAGAAGGCAAGACUUUCACGAACUCGAUUACCUCCGCGCAGCGCGUGUAUAAAUGAACAAAGUUUUAUUUAUUUUAUUUAACCUAUCUCAGUUACAGCUGACUACUUUAAGUAAUGGAACACAAUUAAACAUUGGAAAUAAAACGAAACAUGAAAGCUCUAUGUAAAACGUGCAUGUCUCUGUGUAGCUAUUUUUAAAAUUGACCCACGAAGACACAUGCCAAUCCGGCCAAGAAGAAUCCAGUUUGAGAAUGAUUUCCAAAGCCAAGCACUUCAGUGUGACUGCUUCUUCAUUUUGUAGAUUUGAGAUUGUGGCAAACAAAUUAAUAGCAAUCAUACAUAGCCAUAUUUUGCGAGAAUUAUGGCAUUAUAGCUACUCUACCACAUAAAUAUAUGGAGAUCUCUAACACUGAAAUGCAUAUAACCUACGCAAAGUGGCCCCCAUGUUUGAAGAGGGAAACUACUUAUAUCGUAACUGAGAUUUUAUAGGUUUGUUUUACGAUGAUGUGAAAGUUCGUAGAUGAUGUUUUUGUCUCACUGAAAUAUGACAGAGACAUUUUUUUGUUAAUAUAAUGGACAAUGUGUAGCUAAAAGGAGGUAGGCGUCACAGGUGGUAGAGUUGCUUAAGUGACGCGCUGAUGUAAAAAUGUCUGAUAUUGUAUGGGAAACUCUGGAUGGUUCUCUUUAACAUUGUUAUGUCUUGGUUACUUUUAAUCUUUCUUUAUCGUCGGAUUUAAAUUAUAUCUAUUGGCGUUAUUCCAUUCUUUUCAUGAGUUACCAGUUAGGAGCACUUCACACAGCUGGUGGUAUGGAAUGAAAUUAGAGCAAAGGCCACGGAAAGAUGCUACAUUGUGUGGAGGUAGCGGAUAUUCAAUUUGUUUCUCGGGAAAUAAAUGGAGGUGUUCCCCGCUUCAACGUGCUUUUAUGAUUCGUAUUGUUUUGGUUGUAACUCAUACCUCAUCUAAGUAUUUAUUACAGCUUUGGUAUACCGAUGGGCGUUUUUAUUCCAAUCUCAAGUAAAUGCAAGAAUUAGGUUUAUUGUUUAAGGAUAAUGUUUUGAAUUGGAACGGUUGUUGCUUCAACAACUAACAGGGCCACUUAAAAAAAUGAAAAAAAAAAUUUUCUCUUGAAAUAUUAAAAUGUCUUUAAUGCAUAAAACGCGGUAGAACCUUUUAAAACAAGGAAUCUAUUAAAAUUAGUUGAAGACCAGUUAACGAAGGUAGUUAUGAGAGGAGAUGACAUCCCACUCGUUUUUGUGUAAGAAUUUACUCGCAAAGAAAAAAGAAACGCCGCCGGUCGAACACAGAAUGCUCCGGCCCUUUUUGAAACUUCUUACGCAAAAAAUAAUUUUGGUUUGUUUUCCCUCGAGCAAGAUGGUCAGUAGACGAGUGUCGCGACCGAAGCUUUCCUCUUUAUUUACAUGUACCAGAAAUUCAACUUUUCGCCGC